UCAAUAAUUAAAUAAGUUCACAGUAACUUGCGACUUACAAAUCUGCCCCGUUUGGAGAAAGAAUUUUGAGAGCGUCGAUCGAAAGAAAGGAAGCAAAACCCUACUUAUUCUUCGUUUAAACCUCCGCAUUGGCAUUAUUUACAGACAUACCCUCUCAUUCUCCUUUACUCUUUGAUGAUUGUGGUUGUUGGGGAGAGCGGGAGGAGGGAUUUGCGGUGGAAAUAAGUGAUGAAGUUGAGGGCGGAGUCGUUGUUGCCGUCGUAGUAGUGUUCGUUAUGGGUGGAGCGAAGGCGUGGAUGUUUAGCGUGGUAUCGGUAAACCUGAACGGCUCCGUUCUAAGCAACAAGCAUGUAUGUUGGAGGUGGAGAUCCUCUGCGGCGCAGCAGAGUAAGCCAAUCUCAUGGUCGCUCGUCUUUGGCUUGAUGCUUUUCUCCUUAGGCAUUGUUUCGCUCUUCACCGGACAUGUGGUCUCUGAUCUCGACUGGUAUUCCCGGCGACUUGUGAAACAAAAACUCUAUUUCAAAUUGGAUGGAAGUAAUAAAGGACCGAUUGAUAUAUGGAAAUCUGAAAAUGGACAAAGUUUCUAUGGAUGCAGCAAAAGAAGUCGUAAAUUUCCUCAUGCUGUACGUGAGCGAUCAUCAAAUGGUUAUUUGCUUAUUGCUGCAAGUGGUGGACUGAAUCAACAAAGAACAGGAAUAUCUGAUGCUGUAGUUGUCGCAUGGGUUCUAAAUGCAACCUUAGUGGUACCUGAGUUAGAUCAUAAUUCGUAUUGGAAGGAUAAUAGUGACUUUGUCAACAUUUUUGAUGUCAACUGGUUCAUUUCUUACCUAGUAAAAGAUGUUACCAUUGUAAAAAAAGUUCCUGAUAAAUUCAUGCGAUCAAUGGAGAAAAAUCCUUACAGUAUGCGUGUCCCAAGGAAAUCCCCUCCAGAAUAUUAUCUAGACCAAGUUCUGCCAAUACUUAAACGAAGACGUGUCCUUCAACUAACAAAGUUUGAUUACAGACUGGCCAACAACAUUGAUGAAGAGCUACAAAAAUUGCGUUGCCGGGCUAAUUUUCAUGCUUUAAGAUUUACAAAACCUAUUCAAGAACUUGGACAGAAACUUGUAUUGAGAAUGCGUGAAAUGGCAAUACGUUUUAUAGCAGUCCAUUUGAGAUUUGAACCUGAUAUGCUAGCAUUUUCUGGUUGUUACUUUGGUGGAGGGGACAAGGAGAGAUAUGAACUUGCAGAAAUACGAAAACGAUGGGAAACAUUACCUGAUUUAGAUGCUGAUGGAGAGAGGAGUCGAGGUAAAUGUCCACUCACUCCUCAUGAAGUAGGAUUGAUGCUGCGGGCACUUGGUUUUGCAAAUGACACAUACAUUUAUGUUGCAUCUGGAGAAAUAUAUGGUGGAGAAGAGACUCUGCGACCACUAAGAGAUCUAUUUCCAAACUUCUACACAAAAGAAAGGCUUGCCAAUGAAGAGCUGAAACCUUUUCUUCCAUUCUCUUCUCGCCUUGCUGCCAUAGACUACAUUGUUUGUGAUGAAAGUGAUGUUUUUGUCACCAAUAAUAAUGGAAAUAUGGCAAGAAUUCUAGCAGGUAGAAGGAGAUACAUGGGGCACAAAAGGACUAUAAGACCAAAUGCCAAGAGAUUAAGCUCUUUGUUUAUGGAAAGGGAUAAGAUGGAUUGGGACACCUUUGCCCGAAAGGUGAAGGCAGUUCAAAGAGGAUACAUGGGAGAGCCAGAUGAGAUGAGACCAGGACGUGGUGAAUUUCAUGAAUAUCCAUAUUCAUGUAUUUGCAAAAAGAACGGAGAUCCUGAGUCGGAACAAGUAAGAGGAAAUCAAGGAUUGAAGAACAGAAGCAAGGAAGAAGAGCCAGUUUUAGGAGCCAAGGGGGAUGAACAAGUGUUUCUAAUCUGAUUGCAUCUCUGCCAUCUUUUGUUAAGCAGGCACAAAAUCUGACAGAACAUGCCAGUUGAUUUGAGCCAAAACCCGGUCAGGGAAGGUUUCUCUUGUUUCUUCUCUCUUUUACCGAGUAGACACGAGAAAAAGGAAUUGAAUCUUUGUACAGGCAAAGGUAAUUUUAAGAAAUUGCGACUAUUCAUAAUAUAUUUGCUAGGUAGAUAGGUAUGUGCGAUACUAGAGAUUCUUUGGUUUGGACUAUAUUUAGUUCUUUUUCUUUUUAUAAUUAGACAGUAUUCGAAUUAUAUUUAGUUCUUUUUCUUUUUAUAA